CCAAUGGCUACAGCGAAUCACACGAUGGUAACCAACUUCAUUCUCCUUGGCCUAACAGAACAUCUGGAGAUGCGGCCUCCACUCUUUGUGGUAUUUCUACUCCUCUAUUUUGUCACUCUGGCGGGGAAUCUUGGGAUGCUAGUAUUAAUUUGGAUGGAUCCCCAGCUGCAUACCCCAAUGUACUUUUUCCUCAGCAGCCUGUCCUUCUUAGAUGCCUGCUAUUCCACCACCAUCACACCUAACAUGCUGGUGAACUUUUUAGUGGGCCACAAAACCAUCUCUUAUGCUGACUGCAUUGCACAAUAUUUUUUCUUUGCUAUUUUUGCCACCACUGAGUUUUUUCUACUGGCCGUUAUGGCAUAUGAUAGGUAUGUGGCCAUCUGCAACCCUUUGCUCUAUACUUCUGUUAUGACUAACAGGCUCUGUACAGGUUUGAUAGCGGGAUCAUACCUCUGGGGUAUUGUGAACUCUAUGAUUCAUACAAGUGGAUUGUUGAGAUUGUCUUUUUGUGGGCCCAAUGUCAUCAAUCACUUUUUCUGUGAUCUUACACCGCUGCUGAAUCUGGCUUGCAACGAUAUCUACAUAAACGAAAUGCUGGUAUUCACUUGUUUGAAGCUUAUUGAAAUGAGCACCUUGCUGAUCAUCAUCAUCUCUUAUAUAUUCAUUAUUUUAGCUGUACUACGGAUUCGCUCAGCUGAGGGGAGGCAUAAAGCAUUUUCCACAUGCACCUCCCACCUUAUGGCGGUGGCUAUCUUCCAUGGGACCAUUCUCUUCAUGUACUUCCGGCCCAGUUCUAGCUAUUCGCUUGACACAGACAAAAUGGCCUCUGUGUUUUACACAGUGAUAACACCCAUGUUGAAUCCUCUGAUCUACAGCCUGAGGAACAGAGAUGUCAAAUUUGCUCUACGAAAAGUGAUUGGGAGAAAAGUGUUUUCUCAGUCAAUAUCUUAA